AAAAGAAGGAAGAAAAAAAGAGAGAGAAAAAAAAUGGCCGCUGGGUUGAGGGGCUAAACUAGAACUUGACUGUUGACGAACAAUUUCCUGAUCAGGCGCCAAUUUGUACCAACGAAUUGCAAAAUGCAGAGACCUGGUGUGGUGUCGAUUCUUGCUGGUUAUCUACUUUUUGCAUUCUCCACCAUCGCUUCUGCUCAGGAUUCUCAACUUGGAUCUGCUCGUGUUGUAUUUCAGACGAAUUAUGGCGAUAUCGAAUUCGGUUUCUUCCCCAACGUAGCGCCCAAAACCGUUGACCACAUUUUCAAACUUGUUCGUCUCGGAUGCUAUAACACCAAUCACUUCUUUCGGGUUGAUAAAGGAUUUGUGGCGCAAGUGGCAGAUGUAGUGGGGGGAAGAUCAGCUCCCAUGAACGAGGAGCAAAGUGAGCAAGCUAAGAAGACUAUUGUUGGUGAAUUUAGUGAUGUCAAACACGUUAGAGGUAUUCUUUCUAUGGGAAGAUAUGAUGAUCCGGACAGUGCUCAAUCCUCUUUUUCUAUGCUACUUGGAGAUGCUCCUCAUCUUGAUGGCAAGUAUGCAAUCUUUGGAAAAGUUACCAAAGGUGACGAUACAUUGAAAAAGCUAGAAGAACUCCCUACUCGCCGUGAGGGUAUAUUUGUAAUGCCAAAUGAACGCAUAUCAAUACUAUCAUCAUAUUAUUACGAUACCAAUUUGGAGCGUUGUGAAGAGGAGAGAUCAACUUUGAAGCAAAGGCUAGCUGCAUCUUUUGUCGAGAUUGAAAGACAGAGAAUGAAAUGCUUCCCUUAAAAUGAGGAGAUCAAAAACUGUGCUAGGAAAGAUGAGGAGAUCAAAAACUGUGCUAGGAAAGACUAGAAGAGGGAUACAAAUAGAAGCGGUUUGUUCUAUAUGUCGUUUAAAACUUUGUCUUCACAAAUUAUAGGAACUAGAAGCACUACACUUAAAAAGUCAUUUCGAACUCACUCUUACAAGUGCUUGAUUUCCGAUUUAUACUUCUCUGCUGCAUUUCUGUAUACUGCAAUUUUAUUUUGCCAUCCUUAAAGCUCAAUCUGGAAUUUGUAUGUAUCUUUGAACAAAUGAGUGAAGAGAUUCCUCCAUGUUAUAUUUGUUUGUUCAACAACGUGAAGCUAAUGAGUAGAAUGUUUGUGUAGU